AUGAAGUGCGGCUUCGGGGCUGCGGGUGUUCGAGGUAGCGCCGCCCCGGAUGGUGACAGAAAUUGCGAACGUUAACAAUAGUCAUCCUUUGGGGUCCCUCAGACUCUUAUCCCGCGGGCCUCACGAGACGCCGCAGAAACACGAUUAAAUCCCACGCUAUUCUCCCAAGUUUCCGCUUUUGGAUCCUUCAGCUGCUUAGAUGCGAAAAAUAAAAAUUAAAAAAAGUAAAAGUUUAGCCAGACCGAGUUCCCCCGCCCUAAAAUGGGUGUAGAGUUUCCAGCUGAGGCAAUUAUGAAUAAUACCGCUCCUGACAUGUAAAGUCCAGCGUAUUAAAAACCGCACAAGGCAGGCAGAGAAUAAUAGCAUAAGCCAGAAACCCUUUGAGGCACUUUUCAUUUACGCAGUAGUUUGCUUUUGUAAAUUUUAAGAGAGCAUGUCUUGUUUACAGAAAGUUAAUUUCAAAUCACCUCAUACUGGAUCAGUUACGGUGUUAAAUAUUUAUUUUAUUAAAAUUUGAAGAGUUGUAUGCCUGCCAUAGAGCCCCUGAGUAGAAAGAAGGGACCGAAAUACAACCAGCUAGUCAUUUGCCCUUACUAUGGCAUUUCUUUCCAAUAUAUGCUAUUUUUUUGCAUUGCCUAUUGUGUGGCAUUUGUCGCUGGUGCUGAAUUUUACUCGCCCGUAUAUUCAGAACAAGUCAUAGGCAGAGGCCGACAUCUACAUCAAGCCAUUGGUGUUAAAAUACAUAUUUUAUAUACUGUCUCAAGUCCUUGGUCAUUUAGGGACUCCCCUCCUUGGGAAGGUCACUUUGGUUAUGCUAAAGGUGCUGCGAAAAUAGACGGAUGCCAACAACUAACCAACACACAAACACAUAUACAUAACAUGCAUAAUUUGCCAUGUUACUAUAUUUUGGAUACAUGGUAUAACAUUGCUAUGUAUCAGGUUGAGCCAAGAGUUAAUCACACUAAAGCAUUUGUAAGAAUGUCUUGAGCCAUGUCAAUUGAAGCUUUAAAUGAUACUAGUAGCGGCGAGAAAUUAAGUAAAUAGACACAAAUGACCUCAGUCGUGUUGCAGGGACUAACAAAUCAGUACAAAUUAUGAGAUGGAUGCCCCUGCUGUGAAGUGGUAAUUAAACUUCCAUUUUGAAUCAAAAAAAUGGGGCUGCAGAGGAAGGUCCUGGAGCCUGUUUAAAUAUUGGUUGCAGAUGCUCACAUCUUUCUGCUCCAAAUUAAAUGAUCCAGGCUAAAAGCUACCUCCUAUUCUUGAACUUCCAAUCAAAAUUCCAGCCUUUUAAUUAUCGCCUCAGUUGUUGAUGCCAAUAUUUCAGUUUCCUGACUUUGUAGAGUAUGGGAGGGCAAGCUUAUAAAGGAUGCACAUGCUGGGAAUUAAAAUGAACAGGCUGAAUGCUUUCAUUAAGAGUUCUCAUGGGGAAAUGAGUGUUUCUCACUCCUUCUGCUCCAUAAUAGCACACAAUUGGGUAUAAAUCCCUGUUUUUCUCCUUUUUGUUUGUUUCUGAUUCAGGUGCUUUCUCUUAAUGACCCUAAUUUAUUUUGGGUUUCUUAUAUAGCUAAUGAUCAAUUCAGAAGUAAGUCCUGUUUUGCUCAAAAUGACUUAUUCCCAGCAAGUCAGUAGGUCUACUUACGGUUGGGUCUACUUCUGAACCAACACAUAUAAGAUUGCAUUGCAUAUUGAAAUGUGAAAACACUAAUGCAUCUUUUAAAAUCUCCUCUACAGUAUUUGGAAGGGCCAUACAUGCCAUAGCACGUAUCAGUGAUGAAUUUUGGUUUGAUCCUACUGAAAAAGGAGUAAGUAAACAUUCAAAAUUUUGAAAAAAUGAAUAUGGAAUUAAACUUAUUUAUUUAAUAUAUUUAUAUACUACUUAAGACAGUCUUACAAAAUAGUUUACAAAACAGGAAAUACAAUGUGUACAUAUAGUAUAACAACUUAAAACAAACUGAGAAAAUACAACACAAUACGGUACAAUGGAAUACAAGAAUAAAAUAUCUCCCCCCAAAAAUAUAGCAUUAUUUGAAACAGGGCCAGGGAUCCUCCUGCCAAGGCAUCCUAGGAAUAGCAAUAGCCAGGAGGAAUUCCAGGAGGAUUGCUAUGUAGGGUACAAAGAAAAAAGAUGGGUUUGAGUAGAGAUUUGAAGUAUGAGAAGCGGCAUCACACACCUGUUGUGUCAGUAAAUUCCAGGUGUAAGGGAUAGCAAGGUUAAAAGCAUGGUGUUUAUUAUCUACAUAUACAAAUUGCAUAUACAUAUACAAAUAAUGAUAAUAAAUAUUAAUUAAAUAUUAUUUAAUGGUGUUUAAAAUUAAUAUUAAGCGCAAACUUACACAUAUCAUAUAUAUAUACGCAUAACUACAAAGAUCUACAGAUGCAAAGGGUCCUCAGUAUCUGCAGUGUCUAGAAAAUUUAAGAUGCUUAAGAGAGUUUUUAAUAACAAUAACACCUAAUGCCCUAAAUACUACCAUAGGAUAAACGUUUUGUUUGUUUGUUAUUUCAAGUUGUGGUUUCAUGCUGAUUUUGUCUAUUCAUAGCUUUCCCUCAGGUCGGUGAAUUCUUCCCAGUCAGCCUAUGCCUGUGUCUUUUUUUCAUCCAUCUUCUUUCAUCACUAUUCCUGUAGAAAUACGCCUGAAUUGGGUUUGAAUAAAAAUCACACACACCUUGCAUACAAAUUAGUAAUAAAGGUAAGUCUCAGUGGAUGAGAAAAUCUAUACUAUUUUAUACCACAAAACCACAGUUCUAUUUUAUGUAUUGUGGUGUGUUGGUGGGAUUUGACAAAACACAACUUUCCACUAAAAAUAGUUUUUGAACUUCACGUAGUUUUUCUUCCAGUAAUAAAUUGUUUCUAUUGAAGCUGCUAGAAUGUUUGAAAAAUGUAUUUUGUUUCCCAACAUUAUUAGCACACAAUAAUAACAAACAGUGCCAUCCAAAACUAGCACACCCAUCUAGGUCUUCCUUAUGUACUUCCUAAUGAACUUUUAUUUAAUCCUGUUUAUUUAAAUGCUAGUAGCCAAACUUUUUACCAUAUAUAAUCUUGUUUUUAAGGGCUAGUUCUGCUCUGAUCUCUCCAUUAAUUAUUUCUUUUUUAAAAAUUUCAGGCUGUCCUGCCUAUAUUCCGGUGCUUAAACACAGUGGAAAGGAACAUAGAGAAAUGCAACAUCUAUACAAACUUUAAUGACUGCCAUGUUGUUUUUCAGCUUUUCUGCAAACAUGGUAGGUCAGUAGUUGUGUUGUAAAUAAAAAUUUGCCCUUUUCCCUUAUGGGGUAUCCAAGAGCCCAUAUAGAGUCCUUACAUAGGUUCCCUAUUGGUAGGAGAAAAUAACAGAGGCCAACCAGAGAAUAUUGAGAAGCAAAGCAGCUAGUAAGGUUGAUCUUUAUUGAUCUGUUGCAACAGGGUGCUCCCCUCACACGCAGGAAAGGAGGAGGACCCACAAAAAUGCUGUGCAAGGGCUUAUAAAGACUUUUGAAAUUCCCAUCCUGUAGAUCAAGACCACCCCCAGAAACAUUAUACAUACAUCACAGAAGGGGUGUAACCUAAGACCACCCCUCAGAUACAUCACAGAAAAGGCGGUCUAAAACAGAACAUUUGCAUGUCGUUUUUCUCCUGUCGCUGGCAGGUUACUUGAUUGGAUUGCCUGAGGAGAAUGGCCAGUCUUUUGUAAUGAUAAGGCUCACACCCUUAUUCAAACACAGACAUACCCUUAAGACAGGAUUUGUGAGGAAAGAGACAAUGGGGAGGCUUUUCCAUUUUGACCUUGCAGAGAAAACAUUUGGCCAGUUUAGGAAUCAAAAUGGUUCCAGGUUGGUCUUCCUGUGCUGAUCUAUGUAUGUGCGGUUAUGAACAUUACCAUAUAUCUAAGACCAUAAAAUUCCUAUCACAGUUGGCACAUUAUGUUUUAAGUCUUAUGGGCUGAAAGGCAGGUUUUUUAAAAAAAUCUAGGUCAGGAUCCAAACAAUAACACAACUUAGUUCUGUUUGCUGACAGACUUUGGACUUGCAUUUCUUAGACCUGGAACUUUCCGAAACAGCACCUGAUAUCCGCAGAAUACGUUUUCAGGUUCCAGUACAAAUAAAUUAAUAAAGUAAAUAAUAAAAAUAUGUGUUCUCAAGUCCAUCAAAGCGCAUGCCAAAAGAAUUUCAUUAGCAGCCUUAAAACAUUUUAACUGUAAAACGUUUUACUGCAACAAAAAUGGCUGUACCUCUGGAAAUACCGUAUUUUUCCAGUAUUAGACUAGGUUUUUUCCCUUAAAAAUAAUGUCCAAAAUUUGUGGGGCGUCUUAUACACGGAUAGAUCUUGCCCCAUUUUCUUAAAUCAGAGUCCCCCAAAAUAGGGGGUGUCUUAUAGAGGUAUGUCUAAUGAAUCUUUUCCACACUGUAGAAAAAAAAUGAUGUGCUUCCGUUAUUGCAUCAAUAAUUGUUGUUAGAGAUACAGUAUGUAAUAAAAUGGCCUAGUCAAAGUAAUACUGUUUCUUAACUCCAAAGAGAACCUUACACAUACUUUUUAUUAAAAAGUUGUUGAGCUCCCAGUGCCCACCAGAGGGCACUAUUGGUUGGCAUCCAGUGGAAGAGUGCUCCUUGAGGGGUGAAGUCAAACUGUUGGAGAUUUACAAUGCUAAUAUUCAGGCUUGCUCAUUUCCAUCCUUAUCCUCUCUCCUCAGGUGUUGUGAAAACUCAUAACUUAGCUUUUCAAGAAUGUGAACCUUUGCAAGCUGUGUUUGCAAAGCAUUUGUGCCCCAAUGCAAUGAAGAUUCAAUCAAGGUAACAGAGUUAACAUACUACCAGCACACCUAAUUUUAAAAUAUAUUACUAGUGAUGAGUGCCUGGUGCUGCCCAAGUAGUUUUAAAAGCUAAAUGAUGUUGUGAUUUCAAAAAUGGAUGGUGCAGUUUGUGAGUUUGGACCAGUUACACCAAAAUUCAGACGAAGUCAAUCCAAGUCAUGUUUUGGUCUGCCAUUUUGAUUCCAAAUGGCAGCUAGCAUCCAAACAUUGACAGAGAGUGCCACCUCCACCUCAGAAACCCUCAUGCCACAUUAGGUGAUGAUAUCUCAAGAGCUGACUCAUGUUCAUAGACAGACACAAACCACUUUCCCACAGUAUAUAGAUUUUAUUUAUAUCUUGCCUUUCUCCCAGUGCAGGACCCAAGGCAGCUCAAAGCAUAAAAUAAAACUGAUACAACUAAAAUACACAAUAAAUAUAUAUAUUUUAAAUUACAGGUGGGUAGCCAUGUUGGUCUGCCGUAGCCGAAACAAAAUAAAAAAAUUCCUUCCAGUAGCACCUUAGAGACCAACUAAGUUUGAUAUUGGUAUGAGCUUUCGUGUGCAUGCACACUUCUUCAGAUACACCGAAACAGAAGUAUCUGAAGAAGUGUGCAUGCACGCAAAAGCUCAUACCAAUAUCAAACUUAGUUGGUCUCUAAGGUACUACUGGAAGGAUUUUUUUUUUUAACUAAUACAUAAGUAACCCCAGUCCUUUUUUCAGGGGGUACUCAAGGGUAUGCAGUUUCGGCACCUUUUUGUUGUUGUUGUUAAGUGUGGCACUUCUUCUAGAAAAAAAGCACUGAGUAACCCUCUUUAAAAAAAAGUACUGAAAGCACUUAAAACUAUUUAAAAGCACCCAUACACAAAAAGUACAAUACCCAACCACAGAAGACCCUUCCAUAAUAGUCAGUUAGUGGUCAAAGGCCUGUGUUUGCCUGCAGGCUAAAGGAAAACUGACAGGGCCAGCCUAGCCUCCUGUGAAAGGGAGUUUCACAAUCUUUAAAAUAUAGAUAUAGACAAAUAGACAAACAAUAUUUGGAGGCCCUCAGAUUCUCCAUUCCUGCCUUAAGCACUAUUGUGAUUCCCCAAUCUCAAGAGAACAGAUUGAACAAGGAAAUAAAUUAGCCAAAGUUAGAUAAAGGGAAUAGCAAUAUGCUAUGGAUUAAGUGAGACUGAGCUGCCAAUUUUUAUUACUCAUGAAAAGCAUAGAGAGCUGUUUGUAAUAUGAAACACUAUUACCCUUUUAAACUUCUCAGGCAGCUGUCUGAUAUAUUGAUUCAUUUUCCAACCUGUCAAAAUGAAGUAACUGUAGCUGUAACUCCAGUAAAAGUUUGUUUCAAGACUUACACUGAUGAGGAAAUGGGUAAGAAUUGAACUUGCAUUGUAUGGUUAAGAAAUAAGUCAAUAAAGUGAUAAUUAAGAAUGUUCAGACUACAAUAAUGUUUUAUCAGGAAAAGUGUAUUGUACAUUAUAUGACCUAAAACUAUUAUUUAGUAGUCAUGGCAAAGAAAUAUGCUGGUAUUUUUUAAUGUAACCAUCAGAAUUUUAUAACAUGCCAGAAUAACAGAAGAAAGGGUAACUUUUAAAAAACCCCAGUAAAGAUCUGUGAAGUUGUGAUUGCAUUCUGUGUUCCUGUUUAUUUAUAAACAAUAAAUAAGCAAUAAGUAAGUACUAGAAGUCAAUUAAUGCCAGAAAUUGAUAAUAUAUCAACAUUUCCCACAUUAGGCUGUUUCAGCUAAGUUAUAACCUAUUAUUUCUGCUCGCGUAUACUAAAAAAGGAGUCCAUUUUGAAAUAUCUGCCUGGCUGGCGUAAAUGUAUUAUGUAUCUGGGGUUUGUCAACCUUUUUAGUUCCAUAGGCACAUUUGGAGCAAAUACCAUGGUUGCUAUCCCCUCUGUCUGGCUAUUUCUCAAUCCCCACUCCGCCCCCCCCCCCAUUCCCACCAUACAGAAAUAAAGUGCACCAGUGUACACACUUUGCUUUUCCAAAGGAUUUGGGUAAAUACUGGAAGCAUAAUUAAUUUGAACUUUGAAAAUAUCUGAAAGAGGUACAGUGGUAUCUCUGGUUAUGUACUUAAUUUGUUCUUAACCUAAAACUGUUCUUAACCUGAAGCACCACUUUAGCUAAUGGGGCCCCCCACUGCUGCUGCGCUGCCACCGCACAAUUUCUGUUCUCAUCCUGAAGCAAAGUUAUUAACCCGAGGUACUAUUUCUGGGUUAGCGGAGUCUGUAACCUGAAGCGUAUGUAACCCGAGGUACCACUGUAAUGAGAAAGCUCAAGGAGGAAGUUGGAAGAGAGACUUUAUAUGUACUUUUCAAGGGAGAAAAAGGUAACCCUCACCCUCCAUUCAUUUCCUCAGUCUGUCUUCAAUUGGAUGCUUUUUGUGGACAGAGGCUUGCUUGUGGUGGCUGUUUCUCCCAUGGUUCACAGCCUCUGCCACCAAAAACAUGUGGUGCCGCAGGUGAACAGGGUGGCUACUCUGGAAAUCAUUGUUACAAUCAGUGCCACCUGCCUGAAGACAAGAAAAAUGUGAGCACAGCAACAGCUCACUGCGGAAGGGCUUGCAGGGCAUGCAGUGGGGUGCACAAGGGAGGGAGGAGCACUGAGGGGGCAGUUCUGGCACCUUUUUUCCUAGAAAAAAAGGUGCUGCCCUUAACUAACAGCUGCCUUCAGCCCUCUUGCAAAAGGAGGUAGGAUUGGUUAAGUGCCAUAAAUGGAUGCUUCCCUCUCACUGGACAUUGGUCACUUUCUGCACCUGUUGCAUCUGGUCCAGGAUGAGGGAGGCAUCCAGCUCCAACCUUCCUUUAGGUUGCUUUGCUGUAUAAAAAUGGUCACAUAAUGACUUCUGUUACAAUCACCCAUCUGUGCCAGGUCUUCUCAUAGGAGGCUCCCAUUUUCUGUUUCUUUAACAUUUUUUCCUUCAGUGUCUUUAUUUACUCAGUUAUUGGUUCAGUCAUGGGGCAAAGCCUGCUGAGCCAGCCUAGGUCUUAGAAGUCACAUCACAUGGCUCUGCCAUGGAGGUAGGGAACAGGAGGAGGAGGUCACCCAGUAUCUGGAUGUCUCUCUUACAUUGGAUCAGAACGAAUAUUCGCUAUAAAUGACCAUUGUUCAAUUUUCAAAGGCUUGGAUACAUUUGUUAUGGUUGGGGCUCCAUUGUUUUUAAUUUCUGCCAUUGUCAUGAUUUUGAACAGAUUUUGCAAAGGCAAUGCACACUGAGAUACAUAUCAAUCCAGAAGAAUUUGAAUACUUUCAGGUUGGAGUAGACACUGAAGUCACAUUUUGCCUUAAAGAGCUAAGGGUAAUGUUGCUAAUUAUAUUUCCUUGAUGUAUCUCAAUAUUACACAGUUAUGCUCUUCCUUUUUUUUUUUUAAAUAAAAUAUUUAUUGAAAUUUUCAAAGUGUUACAACAUAAAAUAAAAGCAGAAGAAAAUACAAAAUAAAAAUAGUUAACAAAGUAGAAAAAAAAAACCCUUCCAACCAUACGAAUACAAAUUCAAAAAUAAGAAAAAAAGACAGAAAAAAACCAAAAAUACAAUUUAAGAACAUUUAAAAACAAAUUCAUUAUUCUCGAAUCCUCAACUGUCAUUACCUUCUUUCUUUGACCUCCUCCUCCUCCCUUUCUUUGUAUCCUAGUUAUUAAUUAUCCCAGCAAAUCCUUUCCAUAUUUCAUAAUAUUCUGUCAUUACAUUACCCUAAACAGUUUUAAUCUUAUCUUUCUGUAAGAAAAUAAACCUUAAAGCUUAAAACUUAAAUCUUAUCCUUACCAACUUCUCAUAAGCAUAAUAUUCUUUCAUAAUUCUUUAAACAUCUUUACUAAAGCCGAGUAAUUACAUUCCAACAUUUUUCUGACAUUCAUCAAUUUUAUAAAACAGUUCUAAUGGUAGAAAAAAGAAUCUCUUCAUAGGGUCUAAGUUUUAUACCUUGAUCCGUUUUCCUAGUCAGUUCUUCAUAGGUAGGAUUCUUCCCUUCCAUAUUAACUUUUUUGACCGUUAACACCUCUGUUGGUGAGAUCCACCAGGGUGUCUUCCUUUCCAAUAGGUUUUUAUUUCUUUCCCAUACUUGGAAUAUUGGCCCUCUAAAAAUAUGGUUUAAAAAGCCUCUAUGUACUUUCACCUUUUCAUACCACAGGUACGAGUGCCACCCGUACCUGUUAUCAAAGCCUUCAAGAUCCAAGAUGUCUCUGUUUUCUAGCGUUAUCCAGUCUUUCAACCACGAUAAACACGCCGCCUCAUAGUAUAAACAUAAGUCCGGAAGGAGAAACCCCUCUUUCUUUUUUAUCUACCAGUAUUUUCAUUUUUAUUCGCGGUCUUUUUCCCUGCCAGAUGUAUCUUGCCAAGGCUCUUUGCCAUUCUUUACAUUGCUUUAAACCUUUAAGUACCGGGAUGGUUUGAAAUAAAAAUAACAUUCUAGGCAAAACGUUCAUUUUAAUAACCGCUAUCCUCCCCAAAAAAGAUAAUCUCAUUCUCUCCCAGAUUUCUAAGUCUUUCUUAAUGUUCUUCCAGGUGACCUCAUAGUUAUCCUUAUAUAGAUUGAUGUUCUUAGCCGUAAUCCAGACUCCAAGGUACUUCACCUUCUUUGCCGUCAUAAUUCCGGUUUUUUGUUCUAGGUCUACUAUAUCUUCUUUAGAUACAUUUUUAGUCAGUAUUUUAGUCUUAUUCUUAUUGACCUUAAAGCCUGCCACAGCACCAAACUCUUCAAUUUUUUGUAGGGCUUCUUUUACACUGUGCUUUGGAUCUUCUAAUGUUAGAGCAAUGUCAUCCGCAAAAGCUUUAAUUUUGUGUUCCUUACUUCCUACCCUCACUCCUUUAACCUCUGCUGUAUCCCUCAGCCUCUUAGUAAGUACUUCCAAUACUAAGAUAAAUAAUAGGGGGGACAGAGGGCAGCCUUGCCUCAUUUACUGGGUGGUUGCAAUACCACCAGGUAAAUGACCUGUUAAAAGAAGAUAAAAAGAAAAUAGGAUUCGAAGAUAAAAAAUCCAAAUUCAAUGUGGAAGUUGUUGAAGGAAAGAACAAAAUACUGUCUAGAAUAUACGAUAUUUUAUUGGAGUGGUAUACAAAAGACGAGGAGGUGAAGGAGGUUAUGACUAAGUGGGCAAUAGACAUCGGCUAUAACAUCGAUUUUGAGAGAUGGCUAGAAUUAUGGAAUAUUAACAUGAAGUUCACAGCAUGUAUGGCAUUAAGGGAAAAUAUGUGGAAAAUGAUAUUUAGGUGGUACCUCACACCAGUGAAACUGGCUAAGAUCUAUAGGUUAAAGAACAAAAGAUGUUGGAAAUGUGGAGAAGUAGAUGGUGACUUCUACCAUAUGUGGUGGUUAUGCAGCAAAGUGAAAGGCUUUUGGGAAUCGAUUUAUAACGAGCUUAAAAAAUUUUUAAAUACACGUUUCCCAAAAACCCGAAGCCUUUCUGCUAGGAAUGACAGGUAAAGAAAUCAAAAAAGAAGAUAAGGUACUAUUUUUAUAUGCCACAACAGCCGCAAGAAUCAUGUUAGCACAAAAUUGGAAAACGGACGCCAUACCUAAUAUAAGUGAUUGGCAGAUUAAAUUAACAAAUUAUGCCGAGCUCGCUAGAAUAACAGGAAGAAUAAGAGAUCAAGAUGAACAGAAAUUUCAUGGUAAUUGGAUUAAAUAUUGGAUAUAUAUUGGGACUAAACUUUAAACGACACUGGCGGGAUUGGAAUAACUCUAACAGUAAAAGGUUAUUAUGUAAAAGAGAUAAAAUACGUGAAUAUAAAGUCUAUUUGAUACAGUGGUGCCUCGCAAGACGAAAUUAAUUCGUUCCGCAAGUCUCUUCGUCUUGCGAGUUUUUCGUCUUGCGAUGCACGGUUUCCCAUAGGAAUGCAUUGAAAAUCAAUUAAUGCGUUCCUAGGGAAACCGCCUUCAGACCAGGUCCGGGGACAGUCUGUCCCCGGACCUCUUCUGAAGGCUGGGGGAGCAAGGGCUUUCUUCCCACCCCCAGCAUUUUAAAAACCCGGGACAGCGGAGGACUUCUCCGCUGUCCGGGCGAUCUUAAAAUGCUGGCGGGCGGCAUUUAAAAUCACCCGGGACAGCGGAGGACUUCUCCGCUGUCCGGGGCAAUUUAAAGCCCCUGGGAAGGCAGGCGGGGGACAAAGACUUUUGCCCCCGCCAGCCUUCAGAAGAGGUCCUGGACCUCUUCUGAAGGCGGGCGGGGGCGAAAGUCUUGCUCCCCCGCCUUCAAAGCCCUCCGGGACAGGCAGGCAGGGGGAGCAAAGACUUUCGCCCCCGCCCCGCCUUCAGAAGGUCUUCCCUCCCCCCGCCCGGCUCGGAGCACCGUUCCGAAGCCGGGCGGCGGCAGGUGUUCCCGCCCCCCCGCCCGGCUUCGGAGCACCGUUCCGAAGCCGGGCGGCGGCGGCAGGUCUUCCCUCCCCACCGCCCGGCUUCGGAGCACCGUUCCGAAGCCGGGCAGAGGCGGGAGGUCUUCGCGCCCCCCCGCCCGGCUUCGGAGCACCGUUCCGAGCCGGGCAGAGGCGGAGGUCUUCCCUCCCCCCGCCCGGCUCGGAGCACCGUUCCGAGGCCGGGCGGCAGCGGCAGGUGUUCCCUCCCCCCGCCCGGCCGGAGCACCGUUCCCGAAGCCGGGCAGAGGCGGGAGGUCUUCCCUCCCCCGCCCGGCUCGGAGCACCGUUCCGAGGCCGGGCGGCGGCGGCAGGUGUUCCCUCCCCCGCCCGGCCGGAGCACCGUUCCGAGGCCGGGCGGCGGCGGCAGGUGUUCCCUCCCCCCGCCCGGCUCGGAGCACCGUUCCGAAGCCGGGCAGAGGCGGAGGUCUUCCCUCCCCCGCCCGGCUCGGAGCACCGUUCCGAGCCGGGCGGCGGCGGCAGGUGUUCCCUCCCCCGCCCGGCCGGAGCACCGUUCCGAGCCGGGCGGCGGCGGCAGGUGUUCCCUCCCCCGCCCGGCUUCGGAGGAGCCUUCCGAGCCCGGCGGCGGCGGGAGGAGGUGUCCCCGCCCCGCCGCCAGGCUUCGGAGGAGGUCCGAGGACAGUGGGGAAGACGCGCUGCGCUUCCCCGCUGUCCCUGAGAUUUCCCUAUGGGCUGUCGUCUUGCGAAGCAAGCCCAUAGGGAAAUUCGUUUUGCGAAGCGCCUCCAAAACGGAAAACCCUUUCGUCUAGCGGGUUUUCCGUCUUGCGAGGCGUUCGUCUUGCGGGGCACCACUGUACUUACCAAAGGAGUGGAAGGAAGUUCAAGGCUUGGCAGAGCCUAAAAUAAAUGUAUUUAUGAUUUAUGGAAUGAAUAUAUUAUGUGUAAUUUAAGUAUUGGACUUUGUAUAAGUUUAUAUGUAUAUAUGUAUAAUACCAAUAAAAAUUUAUCAGUGAAAAAAGAAAUACAAACAGAUCCAAUCUUCAUCCAACGUCCCUUCCUCCUGGUUCCGGGUUUUGUCAGUCCUUAUUAUCCCAUCGAUCUGGCCCAUUAACCUGGCAACCUUAUAUCCGAGGCCCUCAAGUCUGUUCCAUGUCCCUUUCGCAGCUCUUCUUCAUAUUUGUAACUGUAUUUUCCCUUGUCUCCUGCUCGUGGUAACUCCAGCUUGGCAAUAUUUUUAACCCUUCUUGACAGAUCAGCCUCUUUUCCAUAUUCAGCACUGAAUUCCAUAUGGUAUUUAGAAGCAUGUUUCAAAGACCCUCCAAAAUUAAGAGCCCCCACAAUCCCAAACAUCUCAUGGCCCAUUGCCAGAUUUGAAAAGUCCAAACAUCCCAGCAUAGGGGGGUCAAUCCAGCCCCCCAUUUCCAAGCCAAACCAAACUUUUUCUUUCCAAAUCUGGCUUUUUCCAAGCUCAUUUGUCAAAUCCGAAAACUCAUAUUCCUGUUGGGCCUGUUCUGUCAGGACACACUCCUGAUUUAAUUCCUGGGUGGGCUCCACAUAUUUUCCCACUGUCUGUUCAAAAUUUCCCGCUGCCUGUUCAAAAUUUCUAGUCGAAGUCGUCAUCAAAUUCACCUUCUCAUGUAACUGUUCCAGUAGGGCAUUUGUUUUGUAGAAAGCACACAACAAAGCUUCUGAAUACAUUGUCCUGCAAGGUCAAAUGCCUAUUCCCACGAUUGUAAUCUGUAAACAGCUGCCGGCUCCCUGGAGUUGGUUACAGUUUCACAGUCGCCCUCUAGGGGGAAAACUUCUAUUUGAUCUUGCAACAAAGUUUCCCUUUUUGAGAUAUUUGUUCCUUUGAAAUGCGAAGGGAAACAGUGGAAUCACUAUGUUUCUCUUCUUUUAGCUAUCUGUCAAAAACGUUUGUCUCUGGUCAAUGAACUUCAAACGUCAGUCCUGACACCCCGCUCCAGGAUCAGGACGGAGGAAAGUUGCUUUACUUUAAACUCACUUUAAACAGUCCAAAAAAGAUCCCCCUUCUUCUCCUGCUGUCGAAGGGGGGUUCCACAAUUUUAAAUGAUGAAAUCCAAUCCUUUAAAAGCGAUUUUCUGAGCUCUAGUUUACGUUGUCUUUGCUUUAUUCUGUCUACAGAAGAACGGAAGGCUGACUUCCUGUUUAGACCUUCCCGUUCCGUACCAAAUUGAAAUAGAUUUUUAAGAUCCAAUUCCUUUCUGCUCGCAAGUCCCCAUCUAAUGUCCAGUUGUUCAAAGUCUAAGUACUCAUGGGUGCUUAUUUUAGAGUCCAAAUUGUCCCAGGAAAAAGGCAGCGCUCUCCAGCAACGGCUAUGCGGCUUCGCUCCACGGAAAUAGCAGUUGACUCACAGCACCGCGCCACUUCCCCCUCUUCACUUCGGAGCCCAUUAGUGGGUUCCUUAGCGAGUUGGGGGGGCGCUAAAGGUGCCCGCCGAGUCCCAUGGUCACAGGCUUCAUCCGCCUGUGAUUUUUGAAAGGGUCCCCGCUUCGCCGUAGCGGAGAAGACCCGUUUCCCGCGGAGCUAGUCCCUCCCGUUCAGAGGGAGUCUGCCAUUGCCGAUGGCGCCACCCCGGAAGUCCCAGUUAUGCUCUUCCAUGGGCACCUGCUUCAAAGUCUUGUUUAGGUGGUUUGCUGAAGGGCAUAGCGGGUGGUGAAAUAAUGGGGAAAUGACUGUCAAACACUGGCAUCUCUAAGCUCAGUAGGCAUAACAGCCCUUCUGGAUCAGGCCAAGCAUCCUUGUAAUCUAACAUCCUAUUGCUGUCAUUGGUCAGCUGGAAGCCUCCAAGUUGCCCAUGGUCAAGUAACAAAAAAAUAGCUAGUUACAUUGUAACACAAAUGUAAAACAAGAAUCUGAUCCUCCAUAGUGUGUUGUAUUUGAGCUAAUUGACAUCUUUCACUUGCAUUUAGGGACUUCUGACUUUUGCAGAAGCCAUCACUGCUCCAGUCUCUAUUCAUCUUGAUGUUUCUGGAAAGUAGGUUGAUGGGUACUUUGGUAUAUAGCAUUUUAGUAUCAGCUUUCCUUUGAACUUCCGUAAUCGCUACUCUUGUACAGUAAUUAAGAUUGCUUAAACUUGUUAAACUAUCAGUGAACAUGCAUUUCACACAUAAAUGCACAACCAAAUUUAUAUCAAAGUUAUGAAAUAUAAUGAAUAUAUGAAUAUAUAUGAAUAUAUGACCACAUAAACAUGUCCCAGAAUCUAACACACAGCUAAAAGUGCUUAAGCUCAUUGGGUUUUGGUUUUUUUUUGGAGGGGGGAUAUUAACUGUGUUCUGUAAUGCUACAAGACGAAGCCAAAUAAUAUUUUAGUAACUCUUUUUAAGAGCAGAGGACAGUAUCAGUAGCCACCUCACUUUUCUGUAUAGAUGUAUGGAUACGCAGCCUAUUCUUAUAUGCGCCUGUAGCUCUCAGCUCAACCUUAUUCUUACAUAUAUAGGCCAGUUGUUUUCAGCAUUGAGGAUAUGCUCAUAGAAGCCAGUUUUGUUUUGGCUACCUUAGCAGAUACUGAAGGCAGGACACCAUCUCAUGAAUCGCCUUUGCUUUCGCAAUGCCUGAAAAGGUAAUUGAUUUUUAAAUAACUUAAUGCUUGCAAAAUGCUAGACUUCAAGACCAAACUACAGUUGAUGUUACAUUAGUCUUUGGCAGAGGGUUUAAAUAAAUAAAUAAAUAUAAAUAUCAUUUCCAUCAAUUGGAGGGACCGAUAACCCACAGAAUCAGAGUAGGUGUGGAGGAGGAAUUCCUCCUCUGCUGUGGUCCUGAGGAAAAUCCCAGUUCUAAAGCUGGCAGUUGCAUUGUGGUGGAAGGGGAAUUCCCCUUGGGCACCAAUGGCGUGUGUCCCCCACCCCCCCAGCAGAUACUAGCUAUAGUUGAGGGAUUUUCCUCAGCCUAGGUAGAAAGGGUUGAACUCUCCCCUGCACCUUCUCUAAUUGCAUGGAUUAUCAGCUCCUCCAACUGAUGCAAAGCAUAUUCUUUAAAAUAAAUUCUGCUGGUUGUGAUGCAAAGAGGCAUGGAAAGUCACGAGUCAUUUGGCCUUCAGAUGAAGCCAGCUGAGGUCUCUUUAAAUUCAGGAGAGGAUACAGCUUGUGCUUUUGCAUUUGCUCACAGUUAAGAUUUGCUGAGCCAUGGAAACUGGGUGCUAGUUAGGGGAAAUUAUGGAACCAUUUCAAGUUUGAAGGACAGAAUUAUUUUAGAGGAAAUAGUUUUUUGUCUGUUAAUUUCUGUUGUUAGUCACAGGUUCUACACCAGUUGGUAUAGUACUGCCAUGCAGUGGGUGCUAGUUUUAUUAUUGUUACUGCAGUAUGUGGCUGUACAGUGGUACCUCAGGUUAAGUACUUAAUUCGUUCCGGAGGUCCGUUCUUAACCUGAAGCACCACUUUAGCUAAUGGGGCCUCCUGCUGCUGCCGCGCUGCCAGAGCACGAUUUCUGUUCUCAUCCUGAAGCAAAGUUCUUAACCCGAGGUACUAUUUCUGCCCCAGAGAAGGGUACAUAUCAUAACAUUAAGGGUAUCCUCCACUGCUGCAAAAAAUAGGCAGCAGUGGAAGAGGCCUGACAAAAACAAUAUGAGAUCCACCUUGACAAAGGUCCUGGUCACAAAUGCUGCAGAGAGUAGCUGUUUUGCUGGAAUGGAAAGGCACAUAACUCUUUCAAUUCUGUGGCAUUUUAGGAACCCUGCACUAAAGAGGAGCAAUAAAGACCCCAUAAUCUCCAGCAGAAACACUAGCAAGACAGAAACAACCACAGCUACAGCAAAUGGCUUCACCAUUAUGGAGGAAGAAGCAGUGCCACCUGAUUUGGAUUAUAAGGUAAAGCUGAAGACAUAUAGAAAUGGUUUGUAAAAGUGAAGUCAGCUUGACACUCGCAAAAAGGAAAACAACAUUUCUGUUGGGAUUAAAUUGGUAAUUUGAUAUGUUUGUAGUGCUCCAUUCAGAAGUGUUCCACCCUAUGCAAAUUUAUUUCAUUACUAGCAGGCAGUGCCUGCUGCUGCCUGGAAAUUUUUAGAAACCCCAAAGUACUGUGAUUUUUAAAUGGAUAGUGUAAUUUGUGUUUUCACUCCAAAAAUCAGGUGAGGUCAUGUUUUGGUCCAUCAUCUUGAUUCAAAAAGGUGUCCUGCAUUUAAAUGUCAACAAAGACUGCUGCCUCCCACCUGGGAAACAGUCAUGCUGAAUUUGGCAAUUAUAUUUUGAGAAGUGACCAGACCUAUGCCCCAAAAUGGGGUAAGUCACACUAAAGUGACAUUUUGGUCUGCCAUCAUGAAUCAAGUGGCAUCCAGCAUUGAUGGAAGACAGCUGCCCCCAGUUCAGGAACCCUGGUGCAGAGUUUGGCAAUGGUAUCUCAAGAUGUGCCAAGCCUAUAGAAAAGAGACAGGUGCACAAACCACUUUUCAAAAUAUGCAGGAUAUGUAGGAUGAACAGCUGAAUAGUAGAGGGCCCAUUGAUUACUGCGUGAAACAGUAUUUUGUCCCUCCCAAGAGCAACUGUAGUUUAUAAUGGAAGAUUAUCUAUUCCAUAAGCCUUAAGCUGCUUAACUUUUUUGUUUACAUUGAGGAAAAAUAACUUAGACCUACUUGGAAUUCAGCAGACUCUUCCUACACCCAGCCGUUUUGGUAGCCAAAAAAAGGUUGGGAUUGAAAAGGGUACUUUUAGAUACUUCAUGGGAGUCAACUGUUCCUUCACACAGACCCCAACCAUAUACAUACGUCACACCUGUUUUUAAAGGCAGCAUAGCAUGUGGUAUGAGGGGCUGAGUAAAAGGAUGCCCAGACACAUGGAACUUCUUGUAGCUUUUUGGAUCUUGGUCAAAAUUUGUAUACAUUAAUGCUAAAAUGAACAUGACAGAAGAACAACCAAAUAUGGGGCAUGCCACAUCUCUAGAGUGCAGGCUGAUAAAUUGAGGCUGAGUGGAAGAGGUGAACCUUUCUGCCCUCCCUCUCCCCCCCAAAAACCCCACCCUUAUUUAUUCCAGUGGAUAUUAUUUCCAGUUGUGGAAUCUCACCAGAAAAAAAUGGGAGAAAAGAAGUCUAUAAUUUAAAGCAUUUUAACCCCACUAUUCCUAGAGGGGCUUACAUAAGACUGAUGAAAAGACAAUUCAUUCUGCUCAGGCCCACCAAGGGAAAAAGGGAUGUGGAUGGAAGAGAAAAAUGAGCAAAUGCAGACACUAGUUUUUUAAGUUACAUAGUUCUUGUAAUAACCAACUUGAAUGGAAACAGUUCACAGAAGUCUCUCCCUCCCAUACAGCUGGAUGGAAUGAGUAAGUUAUAUUGAAAGAAUUUCAGGCAUAUUAAGGGUUUAACUUGUUGCCAGCUCCUGCCAUACAUUAAAGACAUGCCACUCUUCCCACUUUAGAGAUUCAGCUCUGCUGCCAUCACAUCUCAUUUGGCCCUAAUAUAUAUGUGCAGUAUUUCAAGGGUUUGGGCUGAUGCAAUGCAGUUAACUUCCUUUAUUGCCUUUUCUAGUUCCAUUCCCUAUUCUUUGGGGCAGUUUCAUCCAAGGAACAAGAUAUAACUCGUGUAUUCCACACUUUGGCAACAGCAAGCGACACAGAAGAUUUUAGCAAUGAACAACUCUCCCCAACUUUUUAG